AUGCGGCACUCAAUCCCUAUUCUGGCUGUCCUGGGCCGUGCCUCGGCAUGGAGCUAUUCCCAGACGCUAUCGGCGAACAUCCAAGUCAAUGCGUUCCAAAAAUACCAAGAAAUGAUUGGCGGUGGAUGUUCAGGAGCCUUUGGCUGGGCCUGUCAGCAAUUCCCCACGACCGGCUUGACUCCAGAGAACCAAGAGGAAGUGACAAAAAUUCUCUUCGAUGAGAAUAUCGGUGGACUCUCCAUCGUUCGAAACGAUAUUGGUUCUUCUCUCGGCAGCACAAUCCUGCCAACCUGCCCAGCGACUCCAGCCGGACCCUUCAAUUACCAUUGGGACGGCAGUGAUUCGUGUCAAUUCAACUUGACCAAGACGGCUCUGAAAUACAACCCCGAACUAUAUGUCUAUGCGAAUGCGUGGUCUGCACCGGGAUGCAUGAAGACCGUCGGCACGGAAAACGACGGAGGUCAAAUCUGCGGUGUUCGGGGCACCAACUGCACUCAUGAUUGGCGUCAGGCGUACGCCGAUUAUCUCGUGCAAUACGUCAAGUUCUACAAGGCGGAGGGAAUUGAUAUUAGCCUUCUCGGAGCGUGGAAUGAACCGGAUUUCAACCCGGUGACGUACGAAAGUAUGGAGUCUGACGGCUUCCAGGCGAAGGAUUUCUUAGAGAUUCUGUAUCCAACCGUUAAAAAGGCGUUCCCGAACCUGGACAUCAGUUGUUGCGACGCUACGGGAGCGAGACAAGAAAGAAAUAUCCUGUAUGAAGUGCAGCAAGCAGGUGGUGAAAAUUUGUUUGACGUUGCUACAUGGCACAACUACCAGAGCAGCCCCGAGAGACCGUUCAAUGUUGUAAACAAACCUAACAUUAUGACCGAGUGGGCUGAUGGCUCUGGACCCUGGAACACCACCUGGGAUGUCAGCGGUCAGCUUGCUGAGGGUCUCCAAUGGGCUCUCUAUAUGCACAACGCCUUCACAAACAGCGACACCUCAGGUUACAACCACUGGUGGUGCGCCGGUGGCGGUGCCGACAACGUCCUCAUCUCAAUCACAGGCAACAGCUACGAAGUCUCCUCACGCCUAUGGGCAUUCGCAUCCUACUUCCGAUUUGCACGCCCCGGUUCCGUACGUAUCGGCGCCACCAGCAGUGUGGAGAAUGUCUACGUUUCCGCGUACGAGAAUAAAAACGGCACCGUCUCGAUCCCUGUGAUUAAUGCCGCCCAUUUCCCCUACGAGGUCACCAUUGAUUUGAAGGGACUCAAGGUCGGAAAGAGAGUUAGCACAUUUUUGACAGAUAACAGUCAUAACGUUACCCUCAUGGAUCAGUCCGCGCUUCACGGUUCUGUGCUGCAGGCUACUGUGCCUCCGAGAGCGGUGCAGGUGUUUUGGUUGGAGUAG